AUGGCACCCGAAGAUGACUUGAUAAUAGAGAAUAACAGCAGAUCCAAAGUCCCACACAUCUGCGUCGUCGGUUCCAUCAACAUCGACUUCGUUACAUAUGCAUCGCGCAUUCCUGGUCCCGGGGAGACUUUGACCGCGAGAGCUUUUUCGACCUGGGCUGGAGGGAAGGGACUGAACCAGGCAGUUGCCUGCGCUCGCGCGUCCUUCAAUUUCCUUGCUCAGCCAGACAUGCUGGUCAAUCUGAUUGGUACCGUUGGAGCAGAGGAUCACUUCUACGACACACUCGUCAAGCCAAUAUGUGAUGGUUGUCGAGUCAGCACCGUCCACGUCAACAGAAGGUGCAGCGGCCAGACUGGUUCAGCUAGUAUCAUCGUGGAUGAAAGCUCCGCGGGACAGAACCGGAUUCUUGUUGUACCUGGCGUCAACCACUCGGGAAUGAGCGACGCAACCCAGAUAUGUGAUGCUAUCGCACGACAAAAGGUCGAAUGCGAUGUUGUAUUGUUACAGGGCGAAAUUCCGAGAUCGACGGUCCUGAAACUGUUGUGUGUUCUCAACGAUCCAAGCUGCAGACGACAUGUCAUAUUCAACCCGGCUCCUGUGUUCCCGGAUGGUAUACCGCCGACAUCGCUCAAAGGGACUGCCGUGCUGGUGAUGAAUGAAACCGAGGCAGGGCAGAUAGCGAGCUUCAUGUUGACUGCUCCGAGAAAUGGCUCGUCGUCACCUCUGAACGAACAAGAUUUUGCCGGGCAGCUCCACAAGCUGUUGCACGUCAAAAUCGUGCUAAUCACCCUAGGGGCGCGAGGGGUAUUCUUUUCGACCUGCUCGGGCUUGCAAGGCCGGUGUCCGGCUCGAGCAGUGAGGCAGGUUGUAGACACAACUGCAGCAGGAGACACCUUCGUCGGCUACUUUGCUAGCGGAUUCGCCAAGUUCAUGGCCACCGGAGCAACGAUUGAAAGCUUUGACGCCAAAAUCGAGUCCGUCAUCCAGGACGCAACCAUGGCAGCAGGUCUUUGCGUAGAGCGCCCGGGUGCAAGCCAGAGCAUUCCGUUUGCGUAUGAGAUCGCAGACCAUGCAGUUUGUACUCCGGAGACGGACGGGCGUGCGGCGCUCAUAGAUGGCAGGAAGUAG